AUGCUGUUGCGGGCGGAGGCCGGAAUAGUUCAUAUAAAAGGACUGUGCUCCAAUCCACGACAUUCUCUCUUUGCGUCUCGGAUGGACACUCCCACCCUCAACCCACUACUCCGAUACUUCAACGCGCCACGAGAGACAUCCACUUGCCCCGUAAUCUGGGACCUCCGCAAGGCCCCAAAGACGGCACAUCACGUGCACACUAUCGGCGAACAUUGCCGACCUCUCUCGGACUCCGAGCUUUCGCAGCACGCAACCCACCCACCGGUGGCAACCCUGCGCGUCAGAUGCGGGGUAUACCCCUCCGAGACCUGGGUGUCCGAGGCGCGCAAUCGUCAAGGCGUAACUGUCAAGAACGUCCUCGACGCGAUCUACAGAACGCUGAACAUCCAGCUCACGCAUGCCGAAUGGGAAAGUCUCUGUCCCAAACAACAGAACCGCGUCAAUCUCGUGUUUGACGCCAGAUGGCGGGCCGGCCGCGAUCCCAAAGCGGAGCGCGCGGUAGGCAUUCUCAGGCGAGACUGCCUCCUCCAGCAUGUUCUGUUCGCUGGUCUAUCGGAAACCGACGAGGAGAAUGAUUACAUGAUGACGGUUGGACGCACGAAAUGA